UCAAAUAUAAAUUGUUGUUCAUGUAAAGAGUGACUGAGACGUGGUUCAAACUUUCCACAUCGACUGUAUGAACCUCAACAGUUCAACAGUUUGUUUCUCUAUAAGGCAACAGAAAGAAAACAAACUGUAACUGACAAAAUAAGAUUUCCUGGGUCGAACCAACUGUGACACUGAGAUGUGACUGUGUUUGUGCUUUUAUAUGUGAACGUUCAACAUCUUUAGAAAAAGAAGAGUUUAUACAUUUUCUGCUUUAUGCAAACUCAGUCAUAUAUUUUCUCAAAAGCUCAACAAAGUACACAUAUUGUACAACACAGAGUUUAAUCUGUAGUUAAGAGAAACAAUAAAUGCAGUUAAGAAAUUUUUAUGCAAAUUAAUCACAGGGUCUGUGUUUCCUUACAUGCUGCCACUUCCUCAAAGCUUCUUCCUGUCUGAAAGCAGAGAGCAGGCUGGACAAGAACAGAACAGAACAGCUUGAUAUCUACCAGGGUCAGUACUGUAGGACUGUUAGAGUACAGUUUAAACUCCUGCUCAGCGUCUCAGUCCUCUCAAGAUGUCCUCAGAUAUUUAUGCAGAACCAGAUCUAUCAACGAAGGUGAGAUACAGCAGAAAGGAGGACAGAGCAGAGUGGGAGCAGAGGGAGGUGGAUAUCUACGAGAGUACAGAUGAGAUCAGAGAUAGUUAUGAUCAUUUUCAGUCACAGGAAGGAGGACCACAGACUCAGAAUCCUCCUUCAGUCCAGAAGGGCUCUUUCAGAUGUGCUACACUGGCUCUAAGAGUGCUGUGCCUCCUGAUGUUAGCUGGGAUCAUCAUCCUGUCCAUAUGCUAUGCUUUGAACAAGAGUCAACUCCAGGAUGAACUUCAAGACACAAAAACCAACCUGACUCAGUUACAGAGCAGUUAUGAUAAACUGAGUAAAAACCACAGUCAGCUACAGGAAGAAGUGAAGAAGCUGAAGGAGAAGAUAGAAGAGAAGUGUCCUGAAGGAUGGAGGAGAUUUGGAAGCAGCUGUUACUUUAAAUCCACUGAGAGGAAAACUUGGUCUGAGAGCAGGAGAGACUGUCAGGAUAAAGGAGCUGAUCUGGUGAUGAUAAACAGCAAAGAGGAACAGGAAUUUGUCAAUGAAUUCGGAGGAUUCUUCUGGAUUGGUCUGAGAGCCAAACAGACAUCAGGAGGAUCUAAAUGGGAAUGGGUGGACGGAUCAGCGCUGACACAAACGUUCUGGGCAGAAGGACUGCAAUAUCCAAUUUCAGAUCACCAUGUAGUUUACUGUGUUUAUGACAGGAAAUGCUAUCAGUACAGUUCUUCUACCCGAAUGACCUUCAUGUGUGAGAAAUGAGUUUGGUGCUUUGAUGUAAAUGUUUGAAUAAUCCAACCAAAGACACCUCACUAUGAAAUGUCCUGCAUGAGCCUCAGACUCAGCUCACAGUUGUUACUUGUUCAUUCUGCAUCAUAUAUUGAUUACAUAUAUUGUCCCUCUGUGCUGUACAGUAAGGUUGGAAGUCAUCCACACAAAAACUUGAAGUACUUCAUUACUCUGUAGUUCCAGCAAAUUGUUCUAAUAAAAGUCAAAGUGCAGCUUGUC